UCCGUUGUUCACUUACAGCCGAUAUACAUACGAUAUCGUGUCCAAAUAAAAUAUCAUAAAAACCACACAAUACACACCGUCGUUUUACACGUCGUCAUAUUGUACCGAAGUGGUGACCGCGGUUAACCGUAAACCGAUGACGCGCGUCCAGGGUACCAAUACCAUUGAUCACGUCAUGCCUAGCUACGACGACCAGACGACCAAUCCGACAGCGGGACAACGCGACAGCGGUUCGUACAUGUCCUGCAACCUGGUGAUGUACGAAGACGGCGGUGGGGGCGGCGGCGGUGGCAGCAGCAGUAGUGGCGACGACUCGAAUUCCAGCGGGAACGGAGGUAGUGACUUUUACGACGAUUCCGGAAGUUGGUCCGAGGACGGCAUCAGCUGUGUGGGCGCCAAUGCUUCUUUGUGCGGUAGCGCCGACGAGGGUUGCUACAGCGGUGACGGUGACAAAUCGUCGUCGAUCCGCGGUAGCGACGGCAGCAGCAACGGUAGUAGCAGCGACUGUGGAGGUGGCGGCAGCGGCGUCAAUAGAGGCAAGUGGUUGAAGUCGUUGCGUACCGUCAUUGAUCGGAUGGUCGGUAGUGAGAGCAAGGGCCGUGGCCAGAAGAGGGCUGUGAAGACCAUCCUCCGGCCGCCGACCACUUAUAAGUACGUCAUCGGAAUGUCCGGGUUCCCGUCCAAGGUUCCCGUCUACCCUAAGACCACCAUGUGAACCAAACUCGCCGCUACUGUUCUAUCGCCGUACCCGCUACACUUUUGGAACCUCAUCGAUUACAACUGUAUACAACUCAACAACGACUUCCGGUUAUCUUCACAUUUUCGCACUACCUCCACCGUCAUCGCCACCGCCUCCACGAUUGCGUCUGUCCAAACACUCCGUGGAUGCAGGGCACCGUUCAACCCUCGGUAUCAUUUGAGAAUUUCGUGACGUCUUUUCAUGCCGUUGCACGUUGGUCAUGCAUAGAUGUUAUUUACCUAUGUUGGGCAUUCAUCUAUUCCGCCGUUACCUUCGUCAUGGUUUGAAAAUUUAAGGUAUAUAAUAUUAUUGGUUAUAUUGGUCCACUGAGUCUUAAAUCGAUAGAAACCAGUCAUUUGACGGAUAGGCUUUAUUUAUACUACUUUUUUAUUGAUAUAUAUAUUUUUUUUUAAUAAUUAAUUUAUGGCGUAACGAGUCGUAAUGCUAGAUUUUUAAAUGUAUAAAUUAUUUAAAAAAAAAAAAAAUGUUCCUAUAAUAUUACGUUUUUAUUAUGUUGAUAUUAUAAACUAACACUUAAUCUUAAAUAUUUAUGUUAUACUAUUGAACGUUUUUGAGGCUCGGUGGAUUCAAUAGCCUGCGGAGUCGAUACAAAAUCGGCGGAAUCCGUGUACGCCCAUAUAUAUUAGGUAUAUACGUAUAAUGUAAAAACAGAACAAUCGAACAAUAGCUAAAGAUAUUUAUCAUCCAUUAGUCGUAUCCCUUAUUAUAUAUAAAUAUUAACCAUAACUAAAUGUUUCCCGCAUGUUUUUAGACUAUGAGUAUUUGUUUAUUUGUAGUGAAUUUCUAGCCUAUCUUAAAUUCAAACGAACGGUUAUUAUAGCUAUGGAUUAAAAAAAAAUUCAAAAUGGUCUACAAAUUCAAAUAAAUUAUAUACUUCAAAUAUAUUCUUAUAACGAAAUAGUUAUGGUCGCCAGAUAGGAUACAUUUAAAAUAUCAUUGUGAAAAAAAAACUUGUCAAUUUCACCAUG